AUGCCGUACAUAAUCGGACUCAACAGUGGUAGCUCAUUUGACGGGGUCGAUGCAGUGUUGUGUAAGAUCGACUUCGCGCCCGAUGGCCAUCCCUCACGCCCAAGCUUUGUCGAUGGUCUGACUGUGGACUGGCCAAACGACCUGCAGGCACAGGUGCUGUCUGCAUUCAGCAAUUCACUCACCAUCUUCGAGCUCUGCCGUCUGAACUAUGCCGCUGGCGCUCUCUAUGCUGAGGCUGCCAAUACUCUGAUAAAGAAGGCGGGGCUUAAGGCUGAAGACAUCGAGGUCAUUGGCUAUGACGGCCAGACCGUAUACCAAGAACCUCCAGAGAAAGAUCUCAUGGCCAAAUACACGCAAGACAGCACGGCUGGUCUCGUGGAGCGGUGGACCAAGGGCGGCUUUCCCUGUGGCCUUUUUAUUGCUGAGUCGGGAGUCGUUGCUGCCUUGACCCAAGUCACAACAGUCACACAGUUCCGACCCGUGGAUCACGCGCUGGGGGGCUCAGCCGCGCCACUGAUGCAGUAUCUUGAUUUUGUGGCCUUUCGCGACCAUGCGCCCAUUGCAACAUUGAAUAUUGGCGGCAUUGCCAACGUGCAGCUGGCUCAUACGGAUCGUCGUCAAAUGAUGGCAUUCGAUACUGGCCCAGGAAAUGUUAUGCUCGACCACGUGGUCAAGGCUCGCACUGGCGCUCUCUAUGACAAGGACGGGGAUCUCGCGGCCAAAGGAGAAAUAUUGCCCGCGCUCCUCGAACGCCUGCAUACUCACCCGUUCUUCAAGAGGACUCCUCCACGGUCCGCGUGGCGGUUGGAUUUCGGUGCCGAUUUUGCCGACGAUAUCCUGGCGCAGCACCAAACAGCAUCGACCGAAGACCUCGUGGCCACUCUGACCGCCUUCACUGCGGAGUCGAUCCGAAAAUCUGUCGUGGACAUAGUCAUGAAGAAAUCACCAAUCAAGCAGCUCGUCGCCAGCGGUGGUGGAACCCGUAACAAAACCCUGCUCGGUUGGUUGAGCGACUUGAUGGCGAAACACGGGGUAGAGGUUGUCCUCAGCGACGCCUAUGGACUCCCUGCGACGUACAAGGAGGCUAUCAAGUUUGCAACACUGGGAUUCGCCAUGAGAAAUCAGCUUGCCAACAAUAUUCCCGCUGCUGGUGGUGCUUCCUCGUACGCCAUUCUGGGCAAGCUAUCAUGGGCCCCGAGACUGGCAAAAAAUGCUGGGCCUCUGGACAAAGUGUAA